AUACUCACUCACGAACAAGCUGCCUGAGCUUUGAUCUAAUUUCCCAAGAAGACGAAAAUGGCUUCCCUGCGUUUCCCCUUCUUGUUUUCUCAGCCCGGAAACGCAAAGCUAUCCAAUAUCUCCUCACGCUCCUUGUCCGCUGCAUUCACCGUCGCCGCUGCUGCUGCCGCCGGCGGGGCUGCGGCGCUCGUGUUGCAGAAUCCCAAGCAGCCAUUCAUUAAAAACGCAAUGGACUUUCUCUUCUCUCCGAAUCGCUCUUCUCCGCUUUGGGGCUCACUGUCGCUCGCUGACAAUUCGGGUGCAGUCGUUGAAUCCAAGACCGGCUUCUCUUUCCCCUCUAUUGUUAAUGAUUCUCGACUCCUUGGCGUCGGGCUGAGGAAGAAGAGUGUCCUGGGAUUGAAGAACAUCAAUGUCUAUGCAUUUGGUGUUUAUGCUGAUGGUGAUGGUGUACAGAAAUUGCUGGGUGAAAAAUAUAGGAAUCUACCUGCUUCCGAACUCAAGGGAAACAAGGCUUUUAUUGACGAUCUAAUGGAAGCUGAUAUACGUAUGACUGUGAGACUUCAAAUUGUUUAUGGCAAACUGAGUAUCCGUUCUGUAAGAAGUGCCUUUGAAGAGUCGGUGGGAAACAGACUCCAAAAGUUUGGGGGAUCAGAUAAUAAAGAAUUGCUUCAAAGGUUUACUUCUCAGUUCAAAGAUGAAUAUAAAAUACCAAGGGGAUCUGUCAUAGACCUCUCAAGGGAACAGGGCUACGUACUUCGAACAACAAUUGAUGGCAAGGAGGUUGGACGUAUACAAAGCAAAAUCUUGUGCAGAUCAAUCUUGGACUUGUACAUUGGUGAAGAUCCAUUUGAUAGACAAGCCAAAGAGGAUGUUGAGGUCAAUGCAGCAUCUCUCUUUCAAAAGUAGAUUGUUUGUUCGGAGUUUCUUUAGAGAUGUUACCUCGUAUUUGGUGGAACUCAUAUGUUUUCCUUUCGAUAGAAAUCUGUUGAAUAUUCCAAUAGAAAUCUCAAAGAAAAUUAGAUAGAAAUUUCAUAAAAAUACGUACCUUGAUUGAUUUUA